UAAUUGCAGCGCAAAAUCGAGUUAGACUUGUAGAUAAAAUGUUGGAGCAGCUUCCUGUCACGUGUGCGCUACAGUAAGGUCAUAUGACUUCAGUCGUUGAAAAUGAAAGCUGGGUGCAGCCAGCUUAAACCUGUACUGCUUGUUUUGAUUCUGAAUUUAUGUUUUUAUGCAAGUUAUCAACUGAACGAGCUGCAGGUAUGUGAGCUCUGCAGUGGCGCAGUCCUGAACGGCACCGCAGUGGGCCGGUUCUGCUCCUCAUCCGCUGGUCGGAUAGACGGGCGAUGCUGCUUGAAAAAUGACAACACAAGCGACCCUGAACGCAUCAUCGGGUUGGAUCUGUCCAAUUGUUCACUAACUCACGUGGAGGAUCUUCAUGGAGCGUCAACAGCAUUAAUGAUAGACCUCUCCCUCAAUCCCAUUGUCAACAUCAGCGACACGGCAUUUCAAGGAUUUAUUGAGUUAAAUUACAUUCCUUUUAUGUGUUUCUGUAGGAUUUUGCCACAAGACAUAGUUUGUCCAGGGGGCAACGCUUCUUGGGAAAAGGUGGAGUUCAAAGAGGGAAAUCGCCUUUGUGAAGGCCAGAGGGAUAUGUGCAACCAGACCGGACAGCUGUCCAUUAACUGCCCAGAGAACUCCAUCUGCGCCCCUUAUGGCCCCAGCUUCUUUGAGUGCAGCUGUGAGCACAACUUUCAUGGAUACAAGUGUCUUCGAGAGGGGGAGUUUCCUGUUCUCCUGGUGUUUGGGCCUCUUGGGGUGUUUAUGGUUGUGAUCUCGUUCCUGCUGUGGGUCACGCAGAGACGUAAGGUCAAGUCACUGUGACGCUGAACUGCAAUCGAAUCCUUUAUCUGCAAUGAUAUACUGAGCUGAAACUGAAAGGGAAAAUGAUGACACUAAGCCAGUGGUGACAACAGGCUAUUUUUUUUUUUAAAUAUUAGGUUUUAUAUUUCUUUAUUUUAUCAGGGUACAUUUUAAAAACUGGCAAUUUUUUGGGGCAAUUUUAGAGAGAUAAUUAAUUUCAACGUGUUGCUUGAAGUUUUAAAUUGUAUUUACAUUUUUGACAAUAAUACAACUGUUACAAUUAUGACUCUAUUUUUAAAUGUAGUUGACUGACACAAAAUAUCAACAAAGUGAUUGUGUGUGAGAAAAAUGCUGAGGAUUCGCUUGCUGUUAAUUGUGCCAAACCUACACUGUAUAAGUGAGUUAACACAAUGGAACUACAUGUCCAUAUGCACAUUUUAGGGCAUCUGUAGAAUUUGGCAAAUUGUUUAUUGCAUGGUGAACAUGUACUUUAGUCAGAGCGAAAAACAAGUCCGGUUCACUUUAUGAAUUGUGAUGUGAACCAUCAAGAUUUUCUGUAUAUAAAAGUAUAUUAAAAAGUAAGACAUUGUGUUUAA